AUGCCCACUGCUCGCAUCAACACGCACAUCGCAGCGGUGGCGUGCAAGGACUUGCGAGAGAUCCGCGUGUAUUACAUCACUGCGACUAGUAGGCUGCAUGAGAUUUGCCACACUCAGGGCAAAUGUUGGGUCAAAGGUGCGACCUUGGGCACCGCAGCCGAGAACAGCUGCUGCUUGUACGCUCAAGGGCGAUUCACCAAGGAUGUCUCGAUCAGGGUCGGGUUCCAGUGUUCCGCUGCUCCACAGACUAUCACAGCAGCUUGUUAUCAUGAGCACCAGGGAUGGAAGAAUCGUGUCUUAUAAAUUGGCAGAGAAUCUUAGCCUCGUAUGCCAAGGAAAAAAGUGUAUGUGAUCAGGUUACCAGUUUUCUAUCGGUGUAGAGUUGAAUGUUGCACGUUAUAUGUAGGCUUGCAAUGUU